AUGCAUGAUUAUAUCAAUGCAGAGGACACUGAGUUGUGGGACAUUAUCCUUGAUGGACCUUACAUUCUAUCAAAACCUGAAAAAAAUAUAAUGAAGCAGACAGGAAGAAAAUUGAAAACAACUACAAAGCAAAGAAGAUUCUGGUGUGUGGAAUUGGAGCAGAUGAAUACAACAAGAUUUUCCGCUUGUGAGACUGCCAAGAAAAUUUGGGACUGUUUUCAAACAACCCAUGAAGGAACUCAUAGAGCAAAGGAGUCUAAAGUCGAUAUGCUCACCACCCAAUAUGAGAACUUCAUCAUGGAGGAAGGUGAAACCAUCCUUGAGAUGAACUCAAGAUUCACCUCCAUCACCAACGAGCUUAGAGGACUAUGUGAGCCUAUUCUAGUUAGCAAGCAAGUUCGGAAAAUUCUUAAAGUGCUUCUAAAAUCUUGGCAAAGCAAGGUGGAUGCCAUAACAGAAGCCAAGGAUAUAAUGACUAUUCACAUGGAUGAACUGAUUGGGAAUCUUAAGACCUACGAGAUGAACAAGAAACAAGGGACAACUAUGACGGAAGAAAAGAAGGAGAAGUCCAUUUCUUUAAAAACGUCUCAAGGUGAGGUGACUGAGGAGGAUGAUGAGAUGGCGGACUACCCCAGUCAAAAGAAGGAAACUCAUGAUACCAGACCGCGCAAGAGGGACCUGGUCCCAGACCAUGCUCGGAUGAAGGCCCAUGCUGAUCAGUUGGUGAGAAAUGUCUUUGUUGUAUGGGGAGAUGAUUCAAGUGAGUCAGAAGAAGAUGCAGAAAGUUAUGAAAAUGUUUCAAUGAUGGCUAUUGAAGAUGAUGAAAAUGUCUUCAGCUUCAUUUUCUCUUUAAUGGCUAAAUCUGAUGAUAAAGAGGAUCAAAAUGAGUUGAGUCUGUGCGAAGAUGAAAACUCAGUUCUUAAUGCUCAAAUGUUUGAAGUGAGUAUCGGGAUAGGUAUCCUCGAGACUGAUAGUCUGGAACCCAGUGAGGGACUUGGUACCUCAGUAGGUGGAAAGAGAAAGCUUAGCGUCCUUGAGGAAGAACUGAAAGAAAAGCUUAAAAUCCUUGAGUCCAAGUUAGUUACUUAUCUUGAAACAAAUUCUCAAAUGAGAAAGGAUCUGAGUAAGGUCAGGGAGGAGUUAAGCCAUUCUCUAAAAUGGACUGACUCCUCUAAGAUACUUUCUAAUCUGUCUAAUCAGAGUUUCAAUGGAAAGAAAGGGUUGGGACGCAGACCAAUAGAACCCCCAUAUAAUCCUCAUAGAAAAUAUGUGUCUGUAUCUAACAACCUUUUGUGCACUCACUAUGGUCGAAAUGGUCAUUUGAAAGAGAAAUGUGAGAGCCUGAGAAAAGCUAAAGAAAGGCAUGUGAAAUUUGUUAGAUUUGAAAAUGACGUUAAAAAGGGACACAAGGGACCUGGUCCUCGUUAUCAUUUUAGAAAGAACACUUUACCUCCAUAG